UUCAAAUAGAUUGCCCUACAGAAGUGCAAGAAGACUAGUGACUUGUUGGUGCAGUUCCCCAAAUCCAAUUCCAUUUCCUGUCUUUAAUGCAAGGAUAAGUUUUCAUGUCCCACCAUAAAAACAUGGUGCAAAUCAAGCUUAUAUUUCUUCCAGCUAUAAAAUUUCUCCUACAUUAAGCCUUCCCUUCCAACAGCACCCACUCACUAGCUAUCACUACUUAAACACCAUAAUUCACAUACUAAGUUCCCCUCCAAAGAAAGCAGGAGUAGCCAUGGAGGUUGAGUCAGUCAAGUGUGAGUGCUGCGGGCUGCAAGAGGAAUGCACCGAGGGCUACAUAAGAAGUGUGAAGGCCAGCUUCGACGGCAAAUGGCUGUGUGGACUCUGCUCUGAGGUGGUGAGAGAUGAGUCAAGCAGGGAGAGGAAGAAGAGCAAUGCAGUGGAGGAGGCUAUAAGGGAUCACAUGUUCUUCUGCAGUAAAUCUACGUCGAAUCCAGCAGUUGGGGUGGCUGAUGGCAUGAGACAGAUGCUGAGGAGGAGGUCCGGAGAGUACGAAUCUACAUCGAAGCCAUCUGCAGUAGCAUCUCCAAAGAAAUAUGGAAGGAUGGGUAACUCAUCUCAAGUAGGAGAGAACUCAGCGUUGUUCUACUGAGUAGUCUUAGCUUUUUGUGGCUGAGAAGUUUCUUUUCUUUCAUUUCUCUUCUUUGUUUCCUUUGUCGUGCUGCUUCUCUGCAAUGAAAAGAGGAUUUGCUCAA